AUGCUUGUCGGGGCGUUCAUCUUUACUCUAUUAGCUUUAUUUUGUUUCGGCGGUUCUUUUGGCGAAGAAAGUUAUCUAGGACAUGGGGACUUCUCGACGGGUGGAGAUCUGUCAUCUUAUCACCAUUCGGGAGGCCAUAAUACCCACAGCGGCCACGGACAUGGUGGGGGUGGAGGCGGAGGCGGUGGUGGCGGUGGUGGCCAUGGAGGUGGUGAACACGUUCACAAGGGUGAAGUGAUACACAGACACGUUCAUGAGGGAAAAGUGGAACACAUCCACAAACACGUGGGCCACGCCGAGCACGACCACAAACACGCAGGGCACGCGCACCACGACCACAAGCAUACGGGCCACGCGGGCCACGACCAUAAGCACCACGGCGCGGCUGAGCAUAAGCACUCACAUUACGGCAAGGCCGAGCACGGUCAUAAACACGUGGGUUCUGGUGCACACUCGCACAAGCACAUCGGCGCCGCCGAACACUCGCACAAGCACCACGGACAGGCGGAACAUGCGCACAACCAUCACGGACAGGCGGAACACGCACACAACCACGUGGCACACGCGGAACACGGGCACAAGCACACACUGCACGGUCAGCACGGCCAUAAGCACCAAGGAUCCGCCGGCCACACGCACAAGCACCUAGGGCACGCCAAGCACUCACACGCACACGGCGGACACGCAGACCACAACCACAAGCACCACGGACAGGCUGAACACGCGCACGGGCACCAUGGCAGCUUCGGGCAUGGACACGAGCAUCAUGGCAAGUCCCAGCACACGCACGCUCACCACGCACAGGCAUCGCACGGCCACAAGCACUCGGGCCAUCACGCACACUCGCAUCACCACGGCGUCGACGGUCACGGAGGCGGAGGAGGCGGUGGAGGAGGUGGAGGCGGUCACGGCGGCCACGGUGGCCACAUAGGGUACCUGGUUAAGAGGAACGACGGUGUGGCGCCUGCGGAGGGACUGAGCAAGUACUAUAAGGCACCCGUUGUUGCAGUGCAGGAAACGUCGCCGUCAGCAGCCCCAAAACUCGAGGGCGUGCCGUUGGAAGACAUGUUCAGCAAGGUGGAGAUCGCUGAUUAUGGCGGCACAGCUGGCACGACCGAGUGA